AAAAGCAAGGGGUGUUUGAUUGUGUUCCUUAAGACUUUCAGGCAAAACGUUCCAGAUUCUAGCACAUCGGACAAAAAACGAGCGUUGAUAGGAGAGAGUAAAGGUUGAUAGGAGAGAGUAUAGACUUGGCGUGAAGUCGCUGGAAUUUCUGCAAAGAGGACGCCAUUGGAUGAAAAUGUUGUUAUUUCAUGUCAGGUAAGUCACUAUAGCUCUAAUUUGUGUGUCAGUUUUACAAUGGUAGUAUUUUGAGCCUGAGGGCGGGAUAUGAAUCACACUUCAGGCUAAUUUAGUUAGAGAAUGUCAGAGAGCCUGUAUAGCAAAAUACUAAUGGUGGUCGGCUGAAACAUGGAGACCUAAUCAAAGAAUUUCAUCCACAAAAAACCUUCCAUUUUACAUUUCAGGGGAAAAAAUGAGACCGUUCAUAGGCUCCUGGACGCUCUUGGUAACUGUCACGCGCUCGUAACGAGGAGGAUCGCGUGAUGCAUCACAAAGCAGCCACGUCUACACUUCCUUGCUUGACCACUUUACAACCCAAUUAGACGCCAAAUUUCAAAAAAAAAUAAUUAAUAAGGCAAACACAGGCCUGCCGCAUCGUUAACAAGAAAACGAAACAAAGCAAAAGACAAAAAAAAAAAAAAAAACCUCCCCGUCGCAGUAUUUGGUCACGCCAGAGGAAAGCCGUGAUAGUCACGUGAGGUCUCUAGCGUGACCUUUAUGAGCUACGCUCUUUACAAGAGUGUUUAUUAUUUUUCCAAUCGUGCAUGAGACAUGGCGAGUGAUCAAGCGGAGAUUCUGAAACAAAAAGCCAAAGAAGCCAUCGAUGUCUAUUCUUCAGAGUUGUAUGAUCUAAACAAGAGCUUAUGGGAAAACCCAGAACUCUGUUUCAAAGAAACGCACGCUCAUGAUCGACUGACGGAGUUUUUAGCCGAGCGAGGUUUCGAUGUGACGCCCCAUUACACUCUGGAUACAGCGUUUCGUGCUGAAUGCGGUGAAGAUGGAGGUCUAACAAUUGGUCUGAUUAGUGAAUAUGACGCUUUACCAGAAGUAGGACAUGCUUGUGGACAUAAUCUGAUCGCUGAAUCAGGUGUAGCCGCUGCUUUAGGUCUCAAGAUAGCUUUAGACGCAGUCAGUCAGAAGCCAAAGGUGAAAAUAGUUCUUCUUGGAACUCCUGCGGAGGAAGGAGGUGGAGGCAAGAUUCUGAUGAUCAACAAUGGGUGCUUCAAAGACAUUGACUUCUGCAUGAUGGUUCAUCCUUGCCCUUAUGAUAUGCUGAAGCCUCACUUUUUAGCUUCUCAGAUAGUCAAAAUUACCUACAAAGGUCAUGCAGCCCAUGCCGCAGCAUUCCCUUGGGAAGGAAUCAAUGCGCUAGAUGCAGCUGUGAUGGCUUAUAACAACAUAAGUGUGCUACGACAGCAGAUGAAGCCAACAUGGCGAGUCCAUGGCAUUAUCACUGAGGGGGGUGUUAAAGCUAACAUCAUUCCUGACCGUACCCAGCUUGAGUACAUGAUCAGAGCUCUCACUGAUGAGGAACUUCGAGUGUUGAAAGGAAAGGUCACUGCUUGCUUUGAAGCAGCAGCAUCUGCUACUGGAUGCACAGUGUCUCUGGAGUGGGAGGUUAGUUAUUCCAAUUUGGUAACUAAUUCCACACUUGCAGAGCUUUACCAAGCUAAUGUGAAAACCUUAGGAAUAACAUUUGGUCCACUGAAGGAUGGAGAAGCAUUGGGCUCGACAGAUAUGGGCAAUGUCUCUUACAUAGUGCCUUCAACUCAUGUGAUGUAUGGUAUUGACAGCAAAGCUGUGAACCAUUCCCAUGCAUUCACAACAGCAGCAAUAACAGAGAUUGCUCAUGAGAAAACCUUAAUUGCAAGCAAGGGAAUGGCCAUGACUGCUAUCGAUGUUUUGUGCAAUCCUGAGUUGAUGGUUAAAAUCAAGAAAGACUUUGAAGAAGAACAGUUAAAGACUGAUUCAUGAUGAUAGUGUACAUGUAGACUUUUGUUUAACCUUGACAAAAAAAAAAUGGAAAUAAGGUGGCACUCUGCCAAUUAAAUUGAAAAAAGAUGACCUCUGGGUUACUGGUACUAUAUGGUUAUUAUCAAGUACUUGUAAUGUCAGUCUUUUGCUAGAGCCUGAGAAAUUUAAAUUAUCAUUUACUGAGACCAAAGACAUUAUAUUAGAAGAUACUCCGUAAUUAACAUACAUGGAGUUGCAGUUAAGUAGAAAAAAUCAGUUGUUAAUGUAUCUGUUACGCAGAAAAAUCAGUAACAGUAUUUGCAUUCAAGUUUUAUAAAGGACUGCUAUGUUCUGCCUGUUUUUUCAUGUAUUUGCAAACAAAUAUGAAUAAACCUCUGCAUACAUGUACAUCUUAA